CUAGGAAACAAAACGCAUGCGCAGUGUUUAAUCGGUUGAGCUGGACCAGGCGUAAUAUAAAUGCCUCGUACACUAUUGAAAUAAGUUCACAGUCCUCAAAUGAUGUUGGGAAGUACAAUCAUAAACCAUCGACAGCAUGUUGGACUGCAGAAACUGUUGGCGCUGGCAGGAAUCUCACGUUCCUCUUUGGGCCCUUGUAUAAAGUACAAGUUUAUCCAAGAUGACAAAAGUGGGGAGUCCACUCUUGUGUGCUCGUGUUUUCGCAUUAUUGAGACCAUGGAGCUGACCUGUGCAGUGGGUCAGCUGGUUUAUGAGACUAUUCAAGCCCACCAGAAGGUCUACCAUACAGGGUCGGGAUGCCUGCUGUUCCUAGCAGGAGCCUGGAGCCGUGUUGCCCUGGACUGUCUUCAGAGAGGAAUUUCAGUAGGGAACAUAAUCUCAGCAAUGUCUGAAGGGAUGGAUGUAUGUCUGGAUGCUUGCAGGAAAUGUGCUGUUUCAAUUGAUGGUCUGGGUGUGACAUCGUUAGAGAGUUAUGCUGUGAAAGUGUCCAAGAAACCCAUCAAAAAUUCAUCGCCUGCAUUGUGCAGCAUGCAGGGAACAAUAAAGUUUGACCUCAAGACUCUGACCGUCGGUGAACAGAGAAAAAUAAAACUCAGCAGACAUUUUUGUGAGACGAAGUCUGAAGAUUUCUCCAAAGUAUUGCUACAUCCUCAGCCUAAGCUUCCUGACAUUGUACACAUUGCUGAGGGAUUGAGCCAUGGUUGUGAUGAUGCAAUGAAACUUGUAGUCGAAGUUAUUCGGAUGCAGUCAAAAACUAAUCAAGAAGAUAUGAGCUAUCCCACGUUUGACAUUACUAAAGUGGUGACUUGUAUUCUCCCUGGUUUACCAGAGGACCACGGGUGCGUUGUAUUUGGCUGUGUUGUUCUUUUAUCUGCUGAACAGGCUACAGUCGCUCAUCACUUAAAAGAACAACAACUGAAGGUUGUUCUCAUAAAUGGAGAUUUAUCACAUACUUAUCGCCAUCUUGGCUUUAACAGGCCGACAGGUAUGCACCGUGUGAGGGAUCACGUAGAUUUUUCGAGUUCGAGCAAAGAGGACGAAUGGGUGGAACGGACUGUGACACAUCUGUUGAACCUGGAAGUGAACCUGAUACUAAUCCAUGGGCACGCUUGUGAAAAAGUGAUUCAGCAAUGUUGUAGGCAUCGUAUACUUGUAGUGGAAAAUGUGAAGGCUUCCGUUUUGAAGACAUUUGCCAACUUGUCUGGAGUUGUUCCGGUAACCUUUGCUGCGCAACUGAGCAAGCAAAAUGUUGGCACUGGGGCAAAGGUUGCAGUAUGGAAAGACCUCAGUAGCCACGAGAAGUACUCCCUGGCUGUGAAUAUCUCAACUGGCAGCAACAGCGGGCUAGUUACAGUAAUCCUUACAAGCUCUAUACAUGGAAAGCUGCAGGCCCUGGAGGACCAGUUUUGGGCCUGUGCUUAUCGCUUACACUAUGCACUAAAAGACAGAGCUCUUCUACCAGGGGCGUGUGGGACAGAAAUGCUUUGCAUUCAUCACCUACAUAAGCGAGUGGAGCAUCAUGUCAUGUGUCACAGAGAAAAGAACGGUGAGAGAGGAACCAACCACUACAGGAGCGUAGUGUUGGACCUCAUGGCAGAUGGUUUAAUAGAUUACAUAUCCACUGUAAUGGUUAACACUGGAAGAAUUUCAAAAGUCAAAGCUAGGACUGAGGUGAGCCAACAACUGCAGGACUACCUAGGCUAUGCUGCAAAGUCCCCACAACUUUUCUUAAACAGUGAAAAUCAGGAUGGUGAAGUCUUCACAGCACCAAAACCCAAUGAAGCGCGAGCAGUGGAAAUCUAUGAUAAUCUGAGCGUGAAACAGGAAGCAUGGAGGAAAGCCUUAGAUGUUGUUUUCUUGGUUUUACAGACAGAUGCAGAGAUUAUCACAGGCGUAGACCAAAAAACUGAGAUUGCCAAGAACAGUCUCUUGCUGUUGUGAUGUUCAUGUAGAAUAUUUAGGCAAAAGAUUUCACUCUACAAGACAAACUGUUUUUUUCUUCCUAAACAAAGUGAUUUGUAAAAUAUGCUGUAAAUAACACACAGUCAAGGGCUUUUGAAAAAUGUUAUUACCUAUUUUCUGCCACAAGGGGGAGACAUCCUCAUUCUGAAUGUCUUCAGAAUUCUUUCUAAAACUUAUAUUAAAAAAUAAUAAAUAAUAAAGUUAUGUUGAAUAACCAAAUA